CUCGCGAGAGGAGGAGGGGCUAAAGCCGGACGUGGAGGCCCGAGGUCCGCUGUAGCAGCGCUCCUGAAGGGGGUGGGCGAAGGAAGGGAAGAGAGACCGGCCAAAAAACUGCCCGUCCCUUUUGAGGCUAGGAGCUGGGAGGAAGAAGCAAGAGUAGCGGCGUCGGCAGAGAUGGCGCGGCUGGUGGCAGUUUGCAGGGACGGCGAGGAAGAAUUCCCCUUCGAGAGGCGACAGAUCCCCCUCUACAUCGAUGACACCCUGACGAUGGUGAUGGAGUUUCCUGAUAACGUGCUUAACCUUGAUGGGCAUCAGAACAGUGGGGCGCAGUUAAAGCAGUUCAUCCAGCGGCACAGCAUGCUCAAGCAGCAGGACCUGAAUAUUGCCAUGAUGGUGACAUCGCGCGAAGUCUUGAGUGCUCUCUCUCAGCUUGUCCCGUGCGUUGGCUGCCGCCGGAGCGUGGAGCGCCUCUUCUCUCAGCUCGUGGAGUCGGGGAAUCCUGCUCUCGAACCCCUCACCGUCGGGUCCAAGGGAGUCCUCUCUGUCACUCCAAGCUGCAUGAGGGAUGCAAAGAAGCUCUACACGCUUUUCUACGUGCAUGGGUCCAAGUUAAAUGAAAUGAUUGAUGCGAUUCCGAAAAGUAAGAAGAACAAGAGGUGCCAGCUGCACUCCUUGGACACGCACAAACCCAAGCCCUUGGGCGAAGGGAACAGUAGCGCCCUGAGUGCAGAGAAGUUAGGUGCAGAUAAAAGAAGUAGUGAAGACGACAGGAAGGAGAGCAGGUGUAGGAUCACUUUCUACUAUGGACCUUUCCAAGGAGCAGCCAGGGGUUGCUGGAUGGACGUGUGGGAGCUGAUGUCUCAGGAGUGCAGAGACGAAGUAGUUUUAAUCGACUCCAGCUGCCUGUUAGAAACAUUAGAAACUUACCUCCGGAAACACAGGUUUUGCACCGACUGCAAGAACAAAGUCCUGCGGGCUUACACCAUCCUUAUCGGCGAGCUGGACUGCAGCAAAGAGAAGGGCUACUGCGCCGCUCUCUACGAGGGGCUGCGCUGCUGUCCUCACGAGCGCCACAUCCACGUGUGCUGUGAGACCGACUUCAUCGCCCACCUCCUUGGCCGAGCCGAACCCGAGUUCGCAGGAGGGUAUGAGCGAAGGGAGAGACAUGCAAAGACAAUUGACAUCGCCCAAGAGGAGGUCCUGACUUGCCUGGGGAUCCAUCUUUACGAACGGCUGCACCGCAUCUGGCAGAAGCUGAGGGCGGAGGAGCAGACUUGGCAGAUGCUGUUCUACCUUGGCGUUGAUGCUUUGCGCAAAAGUUUCGAGAUGGCCGUGGAAAGAGUCCAGGGCAUCAGCCGGCUGGAGCAGCUCUGCGAGGAGUUCUCCGAAGAGGAGCGGGUGCGAGAGCUCAAGCAGGAGAAGAAGCGCCAGAAGCGCAAGAACCGGAGAAAAAAUAAGUGUGCGUGCGAGAUCCCCGCUCCCUUGCAAGGGGUGGAGGAGAAGGAGAGGAGCCAGGAGAAGGAAAACUUCUUGGAAAGCGGUUGCAAAGCCUGCGGCAGCACAGAGCAGAGAGGCAGCUGCAUCGAGGUCAUUGUGACCAACGAAAACACUUCCUGCACUUGUCCUACUGCUGGCACUUUACUGGGUUCACCCAAAAUAAAGAAAGGUUUAUCUGCACAUUGCAAUGGCAGCGAUUGUGGCUACUCCUCCAGCAUGGAGGGCAGCGAAACGGGGUCGCGGGAGGGCUCGGAUAUUGCUUGCACCGAAGGGAUUUGCAACCACGACGAAAACGGCGAUGACCCCUGCCUCCAUCGCUGUGAGGACAAGGAGGAGGACGGGGACAGCUGUGUGGAGUGCUGGGCAAAUUCGGAAGACAACAACAUGAAAGGCAAGAGCAAGAAGAAGAAAAAGAAAAGCAGGAAGGGCGAGGCCGAACACAUCCAAAAGCUGAGCAACUGCGCCGUAGACCCGAGUAGCCACGAGAGCUCUGGCAACGCCAUGCACACGGAGUUCCACCGGGACAAGACCAAAGACCCGCACACCGACACCUGCUGCCGUGCGGAGAAGGGCGGGCAGGCGUGGUUGGAGCACAGGAAAACAGCGCUGUCAUGUGCAGAACUCCCAGAGGCAGCCUCCGCUCCAGACUCUGGGAAAGGUGCCAAGAGCUUGGUGGAACUCCUCGAUGAAUCCGAAUGCACUUCUGACGAGGAAAUCUUCAUCUCGCAAGACGAGAUCCAGUCGUUCAUGGCGAACAACAAGUCUUUCUACAGCAAUAGAGAGCAGUACCGCCAGCACCUGAAGGAGAAAUUUAACAAAUACUGCCGCUUGAACGAUCACAGGAGGCCGGUUUGUAGCGGCUGGCUGACGACAGCCGGAGCGAACUAAACCCAAUAAAAUUAGCUCUGUCUUUCAAUGAAAUCUUUCGAGACGACUACUGCGCCUUUUCUGUCUUCGAAAACAAAACACUUUCUUUAGCAACUAAACAAAAAAUCUUACCUUUAAAAGAAUCAAUGUGGCUUUCUGUUUCCUUUCAUUCUUUUUCUCUCUCUGAUGCCCCCACGCCUGUGCAGGAGGCUGGUGGAGGUGAUAACUUUUAAUUUGGGGUUUCUUCUCCCUCCCACCCCUCCUGGCACCCUGUUUCAGGCUUGGAUCUUUAGUUUUGGCUAGAUUGAGGCAAGCCCUUAGACCUUCAUAAUUUAAGCCAUUUCUGUCUCUCUGUCUCUUUCUCUCUCUGUCUUUUCAUUCAAUGUUUCUCUUAACUGUGACACUUAACAAACAGACAAAAAAAAAAGCAAGUUAGUGGCAAAAGUAAUGUUGUACUUAUAAUUCUGUACAGAAAUGACAAUGAACUCAAUAUAAAGAUUUUACAAAGUAGACAUCCAUUUGCAAAAAGAGGAAAAAAAUGUUCUGGAUGUAAUAUGUUGAAGCGCAAUGUGCAAAAUUUAAAAAUAAAGAAUAUUUAUUAAUAUG